AUGAUUAAAAAUGUUUUAGGAGUUGUUUUCUUGCAUGGAAUUGAUGAUAUCAGUUGUUUACAUGAAAGUCGUCGAUUAAGGAAAAUUGAUUUUGGAGGUAAAAGCACAGAAUUAUUCUGUGGUAAAAGCGUCCAAGAAGGAAUGUUACAAAUGUUGGAAGGUACUGUUAUUAAUGUACCAGUAAAAAAGUUUCGUUGGAAUAGAACAGUAAAAGUUGAUACUACUGAUAUAAUGUUUAUUGCUUCUGGAGUAUUUACUGGUCUUGAUAGAAUUAUAAGUCACAGGAUAAAUCAAAAUAGUCUAGGAUCUCGUGCAGAGAUGGAUAGUGAAAUGAGAAAUAGAAGAGCUGAUACUUCAACAGAUUCAUAUUAUACUGAUAUUGAAAAAGAAAAUGCUGAACGAGAUGAAUUGUUUAAAAAAGUCGAACCAAGAGAUUUAUAUGAAUUUGGAAUGUUACCUGAGCUUGUUAAAAAGUUUCCAGAUUUAGCCCCAUUCCAAUACUUAAAUAGGAACAAACUAUUCGAUAUUCUUACUGAGCCAAAAAAUGGUAUAGUCAAACAGUUCAAGUUACUAUUUAGCUUACGCAAUGUCCAGUUAACAUUCACAGAUGAUGCACUAAGAGCGAUUGCCUCACAAGCCCUAGAAAAAAAAAUAGGUGCUCAAGGGUUAAUAGAAAUUUUGGCAUCAAUUUUGUCGGAUCCAAUACGUAUAGUUCCUGGAUCUGAUAUAGUAAUUAUACAUAUAACUGAGGAUGUAGUCAAUGGUAAAAUCAAACCAUUUUGUAUAUCUGGCAAACCGCCUCUCUCAUUAAAGAGUAAAAUACUCGAAACAAGAUAUAAAAUAAAAAUAUCCAAACACCAAGAAAAUCCUAUGUACUCGUCGUACUAUAAAAUCAUAAAAAAAACUAACCAGGUAAAGCUGACAAGUAUAUCUCAUCUCAUUCCACGACUAUACAAAAGAUAA